CCCAAGCCUCCUACGUCAAAUGUUUUCCUGAUGUUUGGUGCUAAGAAGGAGAAAAAGGAGGACAAAGAGGACAAGGAAGAGGGCAAAGAGAACGACGAAACCGAGAAGAAGGACAACGCGGAAGGUGACGCCGAGGAGGAAGUGGAUGUCCACUUCGAGCCUUUGGUUCACUUGGAGAAAGUUGACGUGAAAACCAACGAAGAAGAUGAAGAAGUCAUGUUCAAAGUACGUGCCAAAUUGUUCAGAUUCCACGCUGACACCAAGGAAUGGAAGGAGAGAGGUACUGGUGACGUGAAGUUUUUGAAGCACAAGGAGACCAAGAAAACUCGUGUUUUGAUGAGAAGAGACAAGACGUUGAAGAUCUGCGCCAACCACUUGGUGCAGGGCGAUUACGAAUUGAAGCCAAACAUUGGCUCUGACAGAUCCUGGGUAUACACUGUGACCGCCGACAUCUCUGAGGGUGAGCCAGAGGCCCAGACCUUGGCCAUCAGGUUCGGUAACAAGGAAAAUGCCGAUAAGUUCAAGGAACAUUUCGACGAGGCCAAG